AUGUCCUCCCAGGGGUCUCCUAGAAUGGCCCAGUUUCCAUCUGGCGACACUUCCUUCACCCUGCUUCGAGCAUCAAGCUUCGGCAUUCUUCGUCAAGACAGUUGGCAGACCUUGGAUGCAUUGGAUUCCCCGUAUCCCCGCGCUGGCUCUCGCCUCAGUACUUUAUCGGACAAAUUUUCCCUUGCUCCGGACCCCAGACUCUGGGGUUCAGACCUGUCGCCCGACUUGGUCGAAACGGACGAUGCGUUGCACAACCCCGACGCAGAGACUGGUUCCAAAAACGAUCCCAAGGAACUCCUGAUGAACAAGCGCGGUAUAAUCAACUUGGGGUGCCUUCUUUCAAUUUGCAUCGGCAUAUUGUUCCUGUUCAUUGGGUACCCCAUCGUCAUGUACAGCAGACACAGAAAACUAGCGGUGCCAGGCUACAACCUGGGAGGGAUCAACUCCACAGGCCAGAUUCCAUCCCUUGGGAAUUGGGGCCUAAUCGACCUAGACACACCGAAGGAUGCCUAUGUGAUAGAAUCUUAUAAAGACGGACAGCCACUUCAAUUGGUGUUUUCUGAUGAAUUCAACACUGAUGGGCGCUCGUUUUAUCCGGGAGAUGAUCCUUAUUGGGAAGCAGGAGACCUUCACUAUUGGGGGACGAACAACUUGGAAUGGUACGACCCCGAGGCUGUGACGACAGCGAACGGCUCCCUCGUCAUCACAUUCAGCGAGAAAAAUACCCAUAACUUGAAUUAUCAAGGAGGUCUAGUGACAACUUGGAACAAAUUCUGUUUCACUGGAGGCUACAUAGAGGCAGCUGUUCAAUUGCCCGGCGCAAACAACGUUGCGGGCAUGUGGCCUGCAGUGUGGACUAUGGGGAACCUGGGGCGCGCCGGAUAUGGGGCCUCACUGGAAGGAAUGUGGCCCUACACCUAUGAUGCCUGCGACGUCGGAACCGCUCCAAAUCAAACCCACAAUGGCCUUCCCUACGCCGCCACAGUCGAUGGAGACUGGGCAUAUGACUAUGCUCUUUCCUAUCUUCCCGGCCAGAAACUCUCUAGAUGCACCUGCGACGGGGAAGAUCACCCAGGUCCUAAACACCCUGAUGGAACGUACGUCGGACGAGCAGCGCCUGAAAUCGACGUCAUCGAAGCGCAAAUGGGAGGCCAGCCACUGAUGGGUCAGGUCUCGCAGUCAGCUCAGUUUGCGCCGUUUGACCGCUCGUAUCGCUGGAAUAACAACUCCGAAACUAUGCAUAUAGUCGAUCCGAGUCGUUCAGCUUUGAACGGCGUUGCUACGAAUUCGUUGAGGACUGCUAUUCGCUCUUUGGAUUCGAGUACAAACCAGGCACGCUUCGACGACGCUUAUAUCACCUGGGUCUCCGAUGGACGCGUAUCCUGGACUCUGAACGCAGCAGGCGUUGGACCUAACCCUGCAGUGGAAAUAUCCGCGCGGCCGAUCCCUCAGGAACCAAUGUACAUCAUCCUAAACCUCGGGAUGUCCAGAAACUUUGGAGACGUCGAUUUCGCCAACCUCGUGUUCCCUCAGCGGAUGAGAAUCGACUAUAUUCGUGUGUACCAGCCAGUGGAUGCUAUCAAUAUCGGAUGCAAUCCUAAAGACUUUCCGACGACCGAUUACAUCGAACGCGAUGCCUCGCGCAUUUCACCUUCGCUUGCCCUCGUCCUCGUGUAUGACUCUCAAUUCUUACCUCUACGUCUCCUUCCGAACAGGCAUAUGGAAGCGUAUUCUAACCCGAAUCUGACCACCUGGCGAGACGACUAUGGCUUACCAUUCCCCAAAAACUCCUUCAUCGAAUCCUGCUGA